ACCCUAAUUCAACUUUCUCCGAUCGCUGCGAUCAUCUAUUGCACCGGCGGUUAUGGCUUUGAACAAUCAAAGAAGAGCGCCGAGACAUCUCGCUUUGGGUCUGGCCGAUCCUCAGAUCAUCGUUCCAGAAACUUCCUACGCCGAAGCCCAACAAAACAACCGUCGAAGCUUGAUUGGUCGAGUUCUCUCCCCCAGAAGAGUGGAUCUCCACGGGUUGCUUGACAGGCUCCCUCUGGACUGGCACGCCGAUAGAUCUCGAUUGCGCGGCCGCAUCAUCGGCGGCGGGAAGUUCCAGUUAGACGGAGCUCGAUCUGGAGAUGGUUCUCUGGUCCGGUCCUUAUACGUACGAGGGAUGGCUCGUCGUGUUGCAGCGGUGGGAGGACGAACCAGGUCCUGAUUUUCUGAAAUCGAUCCCGAUGUGGGUGAAGAUUCGAGGGAUCCUGGUUCGGUAUCUAUCUGAAGGAACGGUUCGUGAGAUUGUUAAGGGUAUGGGUGAGGUAAUGGAGGUUGAAUUAGAUGAUAAGACUUUUGAUGUGCGUUUCGUGCGUGUUCGUGUGGAUGUUUCGGUGGAGACAAGACUGUGUUUCAAGAAAGUGGUUAGGUUUGAAUCCGGAGAGGUUAAGGUUGUGAGUGUGAGUUAUGAGGACAUUGCGUGUAACACAGCGCGGUUCAGGUUCUGUCGUAACUGUGGGGAUUUGAAGCAUCUUAAAAAGUCUUGUACACGGGUUUGGGUUGAUGUUCCUGACCCUAAUGAGCGUGCUCUUUCCCCACCGCCUCCUGAUGCUAGUUUUGAUGGCACUGCUGAGAACAAUGGUGAAAGGGGAACUUCUUCGGGUACUUUGGAGGGGGAGCUCGAACCAGCGGGUGAAGAUGGUGAGUACCAGCAGACGCAAGGUCUUGAUGGGGUUGAUGGAGGUGACGGUAAGCAGGUGCAGUCUGAAAUGGUUGGAACUUCAGCAGAAGGGUCUAAAAGGAAGUUUGAAGCAGUGGAGGAGGCUGAUGGUGUUCUGGAAAAGAGGAUUCGAGGAAGCUCUAACGAAACAGACGGUUUGGGGGUUAACCCCAAACCACUUGGAGAAGAAUGA